AUGGAUAAUCCACGUAGUAUGGAAGAUGCUCAGAAUGCUUUAGGAAUGAUGAUAUAUCAGAUAUUAAAUAAUCAAGUACGAAAAACUUGUUUUGAAAAAUGUUUUGGUCAGAAGUUUUCUGAACAGAUGGGGAAAAAUGAACAAAUAUGUUUAGCUAAAUGCAUGGAUAGAAUGUAUGAAGCACACACUAUUGUAACUAAAGCAUCUACUGAAAUAUCUCAAAAUUUAAAUAUUGAUACGAAUUUUUAA